AUGCCGCCGCGUCUGGGUUACAAGAAGUCUCGCGGUGGCUGUGCCCGAUGCAAGCGCCGCCGUGUCAAGUGCGACGAGAAGAGGCCUUGCACCGCGUGCGUGAGGCAUGGCACUGAGUGUAGCCUGGUCCAGGGACCACCGUCGGCUGCAACAUCACCCGACGAGCAGCAACAUGCAUCACCACCAGGGGACAUGGGUCUGAGCACUGUUCGGAGCAGCAGCAAUGGCAGCUUUGACCGUCCAGUGCCAGGGCCCUCAGCGAUGCCCCGACGGGACCUGUCCGCCUCUGGUCCGCAGCAAAUACGCCCCAUGUCGUCGUCCACGCCCCUCUCAACGCCCGACCGUGAUCCGUACGCCGUCGUGCCCAUCGGGACGUGGUAUACCGACCUGGAGCUCAUGCACCAUUACUCCACCAGUGCCUGUCUCACGCUGCCGCGGUCUGCGGACCUUCAGCACGUCUGGCAGCUUGAGAUCCCCAAGAUCGCUCUCACUCACGUGUUCCUGCUUCAUCAGGUCCUCGCCUUUUCGGCGUUGCAUCUCGCUACUCUACGACCAGAGCGCCGGGCUGCGUACGCCUUGACGGCCUCGCAGCAUCAGACCGAUGCCGUGGCCGGCAUGCGUGCGGCUCUCCCACGCAUCACGGCUGCCAAUUGCGACCCCCUGUUCGCUGCGUCGUCGCUCCUCCUCUUGAGCGCCUACGCCAUGUUUCCGCACCAGCAGCAGUCCUCGAGUCCCGAUCAGCCACUGCCGUCCCCGACGGUCGACAACAUUCUCGACGUGUUCCUCCUCAUCCGCGGCAUGAGCGAGAUUCUCGACGCGUCCGAGCUACUGAUCCGCCGCGGCACGCUUGGCCACCUGUUCGCCCAAGAGACGGCGCCGCCGACGUCAACGCCGCUUCUCGACUCGGUAGCAGCGCGGCUGAUGACAUUCAACGCAGCGAUCGAUCCCACCAACGUUGUCGUCGCACGCGAGCUCGAGGGCCUGAUCAGCUGGAUACAUCGUGCGACGGCAACCACGGCGCUGCCGGAGAACCGCAUCGCGUUGACAUGGCCCAUUGACCUGUCGGGCGACUACAUCUCGCUACUGCGGCAGCGGGACCCUGCGGCCUUGUCGCUUCUCGCAUACUACUGCGUCAUCGUCUCGGCUGUCGAGCCGACGACCUGGUACAUGCGGGGAUGGGGACGCAAUGCCCUGUGCUCUAUAGAAGAUUGCCUGUCGCCGGCAUGGAAGGAACUGAUUGAGUGGCCUCUGUUGUUUGCCACUGGCCGGGAGACCCCGUGA